GUCGUCAACAUGAUGUGGCACAUCGUGUGCAGCGGCCACCGAUAAUUUUUAAGUUUUAUUUUUUUGAUUUCUCGUUAAAAAAAAAUACGCCGAGCGUGUGUCGGCGCGAAACAAUUAUUAUGUAAUAUAAAUCUCAAUUCGUUAACGUUCCGUUUACCGUAUCCCCGUUAAAAAAAAAUCGCAACAUAGUACAAAACCGCGAAAUCGAAUCGACCAAAAAAAAAUUACAAAAACAAAAAGAAUAAUAAUUAUUAAAAAGAUUUAAUAAAUAAACGUUACGUAUCGUAUAUCGGAUUUAUUAAAAGGCUGUGUUACAACGUAUAAUUUUUACGAAAUGGAGUCCGUUGUGCCCGACAUCGAGGAGUUAAUAGUAUGCGGUUAUUGCAAGAAAAAAUUCAACGACGCCGACCAAAGUCCAAAGUUACUCGCUUGCAAACACUACUUCUGUUUGCAAUGUGCAAAAACCUCCCUAAACAAAGGCCACGAAUUGUAUUGUGUGCACUGUUGGAAAGCUACGGAACUCGGUGAUCUAGGAGCAGAAGCUUUGCCAACGUACGGUCCCGUGUUGAGCCUGGCCAAGAGUUUUGCGCAGGCGAAGCUAACCCCAAAACCACCUGACAAACCGAAAGUGGUUUCGGAAAAUUGUCACACGCACGCUAUGCCACUUGCGUUAUGGUGUCAUACCUGUUGCGCGCCGGUGUGUCGUGCUUGCGCAACAACCAGCGACCAUUCCGGUCAUCAGAUAAAAUCGCACGCGGAAGCGAAGGAUCAAUUGGUGGCGGAACUACAAAUGGACGUAGCAUCGAUGGGGAAAAUUUUAAACGAAAUUCAACGACUCGCAGCGCAACAACGCGAAUUUUUAUUGAAAAUUUUAGAAGCUUGCGUGACGUUAAAAACUCACGUCGAAGCGGAUUUAACGAAUAACGUGUCCCAUUUAGAAUUAUCCGAAAUCCGGGAUCUUUUAUCGAAAUUACGCAUGAACUUAAACGUAGCCGAGAACCUUUCCGACGUUCACACGUUGUACUCGAGUGUAAAUAUGGAAAAGCAACGUUUGCAAGUACGCUAUCAAGAAAUGUACCUACAAUGUCAACUCGACGAUUUAAUUAAAAAUUCAACGGUAGUUUUCGACUUCCAAUUACUAAAACAAGCCUUAAACAACAUUCAAAACGGUGAAGUUGCGUUUCCGGGGAACUCCCGAACUUUACCGCCAUCCCAACAAAACCCGAUUUUAUUCUUAGCCAACUAUUGCAUGUCGCAACUUUAUUCUCGCCACGUUUUGGCGAAACAAGCCCACCAAGUUAACGGAAAUUUGGACCAUCACUAUCAUAACCAUCAUAACGCGAUAAUUCCGCAAAACUACCACGCCCCCCCACUUCCCCAUCUCGUUAUAGCACCCCAACAACAAAAAAUUUAUCAACCAACAGAAACCAACAUUCUAGUCCCACCGAAUAUGAUUCAUUCCCCCCAAAUUCGAAAUCCAUCAAACAUUAUUUGCCCCUUGUAUUAUUUCAACAUCGAAGUGAACGGAACGCCUUUAGGAAGAAUCGUAAUCGAGGUUCGAGCGGACGUGGCCCCGAAAAUGGCGAAGAAUUUCGAUGUUUUAACAACGGGGGAGGCGGGGAUGGGUUAUAAAGGUUGUUCGAUAUUCCAAUGUUGGGAAGGAGAGAGCGUUAUCACCGGCGAUUUUGAGUUGAAUAACGGGAGAGGGGGGAGAUCGAUUUUUGAGGAAUCGUUUUUUUUGCCCGAUGAUACCAAGUUGUUAGCGGUGAGAGGGACCGUGGGGAUGAGACGCACGCAGAAAAGGCACGACAAUUUAGGCAUGGUCGGUUCGCAAUUUCGAAUCAUUUUGCAAGAAAUGCGGGGAUUCACCGGGAUUUUCGGCCACGUCGUCGAAGGGCUGGAACUGGUCGAAAAAAUCAGCACGUACGGCGAUACGGCCGGGAAGCCGACCAAAAACGUUUUGAUCACGAAAUGCGGAAAGUUAACGGUAUAAAAUAUUAAAAAAAAAAAAAAUAAAAUAAAAAAAAGUUUAGUAAUAAUAAUGCGUAGGUGUCGUCGUUGUAGCGUAGAUUUUUUUUUCAUGUUAAACUUAAAAAGAAAAAGAAAAAUCGUCGCUUAUUGUGUAAAAAGGGGGUUUUCCUACGAUGAUUAUUUUUUAAUAUAUACAAUUUAUUUUUUUAUUCGCAAAAUACUAAUAUUUAACAAAUUUGUCU